AUCAUCGUGCGUUUUGCUUCAAUCGUCUCUGUCACACUCAACCUCUCUUAUAACCCUUUCUCUUUCACUCUCUUUCAGACUCUGCAUCUCUCUCAACCCUCACCAUCUUCCCCUUCUCCGUAAAACCCAGAGGCCGAGAGGCCUGAGUCCACAUCACAACUCGCCACUCCUGCGGCCUCAAUAUCAGCAAGGAUGAAGGGACCGUCAGCGCCGCGGCCUGAGUUCAAGCCAAGUUCGGUCUGCUUGGCGAAGAUGGUUCAGAAUUUCAUCGAAGAAAGCAACGAGAAGCAACCUCCGCCGAAAUGUGGACGGAACCGCUGCAAUUGCUUUCACGGCAACAGCAAUGACAGCUCCGACGACGAGUUCGAUAUAUUCGGUGGAGGUUUCGGUGAUUCAAUCUCCUCCGGUUCGUUCGGUGGCGACGCCUCAGAUAUUCUUAAGAGUCUGAUUCCAUGCGUGAGCGUCUCGGAGAGAAACCUCCUGGCUGAUACGGCGAGGAUCGUCGAAGCAAACAAGAAUCUCAAACAAAAAGACGAUUUGAGGAAGAUGGUCACCGACGAACUGCAAUCCCUCGGCUAUGAUUCCUCCACCUGCAAAUGCAAAUAGGAGAAAUCGUCAUUUUCCCUGCCGGUAAUUAAUAAUCCCAUACCACACGUUCUCAGCAUCCAAACGGAUUCAAGAAAAAAAAAUUCAACGUAAAAACAAAAUUAAAUUUGGUUGUGGCUUUUGGAUUUAUGUGUUGGUGAUGUCAUCCGUUUUGGCCUGUGAGUAUCUUCUUAUCUUAACUCUCACUCUGCAGUCGAAUUAGAGUAAUGGCGUUGUUAGUGGUUUAUCGGGCACAUUCGGUGUUUGUAGAGUAAGGGAAAACGUUGUUUCUUCGAGAUGUUUUGAUAUUGAAAAAGUAAACACAAACCGAGGAGAUUAACUACAUGAAAGUACAUUAUUUGACUAA